AUGAGUUCUCAAGCAGACCCCCGGUCCCCGCUAGCAGUGCUUGUUCCAUAUGAUGCUCAUCCAGCUGAGCAGCUUGCUCAGAGGUUCACAGAAUGGAGGAAAGUGCUCAAGGCUAUUAUAGUGUAUCUCUCUGAGGUGGCUUCUGUCCAAGAAGAGAUAAUAAGACAGAACGCCAAAGUCUCUAAUAUACUUGCAUCACACGGUAUAAGCAACGCUGGCAUAGGAAGCAGUGGUUCGGGACUCAGCGGUAGUUUCAACUUAACAUCUGCUGCAAAUAAGCUAGCCAGUGGUGGUGCACACGAUAAGCACGGUAAGAACAAUAACGGAUGGUUCUUUUCUGGUUCCGAGGAAGAUAACACACAUUCUGCAAACACCAUAAAUCAUUUCUUUCUGCCUAUUGGUAACGGCUCUAUUCAGGAUGUCCCCAUUAUUCUUCGACAAUACCACGAUGUAAUGGCAGCUGAAGCGGCUAAAGGUACGAGAGAACUUCAAAACAGCAUAAUCCCCGGACUUGAAAGUUUAAAUAAGGAUUUAGUAUUGAAAAUCAAGAGCAUCAAGAGCUUAAGUUCAGAUUUCAAGAAUAAUUGCUCAAAAGAACUUGAUACAACCAGGGAAUGUAUGGUAAAAUUUCAGCAGUCAAUAAAUCAAGCUAGAAAAAACGUACCAGCAAGAGAUCCUUACCUUUUAAAGGUAAACUUAGAUAACCAGAUAAGAAGACAGCUCUCAGAGGAGAAUUUUUUACAUGAAGCUUUUAUGAAUCUACAAAGUUCAGGCCAAGAGCUGGAAAAAAUAGUGGUGGCAAGCAUACAAAAUGCAUUCAGAGUAUUAGCACAAAUUUUGGGCGCCGAAGCCAAGAUAAUAGAUGAUCAACUGGUUAAUAGACUGCUGAGUUCAUUUUUGUCAUUAUCACCAUCUCAUGAAUGGGAUAAUUUUUUACUGCGAGACAAUACCAACUUUAUUCCGCUCAAUUUACCGAUGAGAAAAUUCAAAGAAAUAGAAUAUACUGGAAAGAACGAUCCUCUCACUUUGGUUGUUCAAUGUGGCUACCUGGAAAGGAGAUCCAAAUACUUAAAGUCUUAUACAAAGGGGUAUUACGUUCUUACGCCAAACUAUUUGCAUGAAUUUAAAACGUCAGAUCGGAAAAGAGACUCUGUACCGUUAUUCUCGCUAUCUUUGGCUGAGUGUAAAGUGGUUCAGCAUACGCCUUUGAACGAAUGUGAUAAGAAAGGAGAAGGUAAGGAUUCUCAAUCAUACAAAUUUAUCCUGCAUACGAAAACAAAUGGCCUAAUCCAUAGAGGGCACAAUUGGGUUUUUAGGACGACAUCCAGUAAAGAGAUGCUUUAUUGGUUCAAAAAUCUUUCGGAGCUAACAACUUUUAAUAACCAAGAAGAAAAGGUGAAAUACUUGAGCACAUUAAAGGCCAAAAUAGAGAGAGAAUCUGAAACAUUAGCUCCGAUGUUAUCUGCAAGAAGUUCCACCACUCGAUCUAGAGCUAUUCAUUCAAUGGACUCCACGAGGAGGUCAUGCUCAGAUCAAUCGGCGGCAGAAACUAAUGGAAAUACAACUUUAACUAAGACACUAAGUAUUGGUAAUAAGUGA